GACGCCGCGGGGCGGUCGCGUCGAGGCCCUGGGGCGGUCGCGCCGACGCCAUGGAGCGGCCGCGCCGACGCCGCGGGGCGGCUGCGUCGACGCGGCGGCGGCGUCGAGCGUUCGACGGCCGCGCAGGCGUCUUCGCCAACACGAGCGCGCCGGGCGCCGAGGGCGCGUACCGGUUCGGCAAGCCCGAGGGCGACUACCGCGGGCUCCGGUCCUACGCGCGCGAGCUCAUGCGGCGCCUCUACGACGAGUGCAACGAGACUGACGCGGCGCCGGGGCUGUGGAAUGUACGGCGGUGCGGCGACGCCGGCGUUCGGGAGAUCGUCGUCGCGGGCACCUGCACGAACCCGACCCACCGCGGCGCGUCGGGCCCCUGCUGCCGCGCGAACAGCGCCAUGCGCCUCUUCGUCGACCGCGCGACGACGACGUUCGCGAAGGUGAAGUGGUUCUUCUUUUCGGACGACGACGUCUACUUCCGGUCCCGCGCGCUGCUCGGCCUCCUGGCCAGACGCGACCCGGCGGACCCGGCCGCGGCCCUCGCGGCGGCGCCGACCGGCCGGGGCAUCGUGAAUUACUGCCGCGGCCCCGCCGAACACUACUUAGCAGGAAAGCCCUGGCACGUCGUCUCGGGCCUCUCCCGGGCCGCGCUCGUCGAACGAGUCGCGGCUGGCGUGCGGCGGAACGCCGCCGGCGCGCAGUGCGACGCGUUGAAGAUGGUGGGCCACGACGUCGGACUGGGCUUCUUCGCGUGGAUGUACGCGCUCGACGUAGCGAUGCUGGCGCCCCUCCCCGUGACGCGGCGGGACAAGGCGCGGCCCGGGCCGCCGAUGUUCAACUACGCGGCGAUCUUCAACCCAGAGCGGAACUUCUCGGCGGACCAGAUCGCCGCGGAGACGAAGAGUACUGGCGACUUCACUGCGGUCCGGCGGGAGAUCGCGCGCUUCCACUUCUUCCACUGCGCUCGAAUUUUAUGCCGCGGCGCCUACGACAUGUUUCGGUACCUGCGUUCCCUCGGCGACGACGAGGCCGGCGACGACUUCGUAUUCCCGGACCCGCCCGUCUACCACCACCGGGGCUUCGCGUGCACGGCCUACGCGCGGCGCCACGACGUCUCGGCCGCGUCGGCGGAGCCGUGGGUGCCCUUCAACGCGACGGACUGCGAGGCGCCGCUGGUGGGCGACUGCGACCCGCCGCCGCCCCACCAUCACGCGCAUUAACGGCACGGGGCACACAGGCCCUAGUGAGUUUGCGCCGCUAGCAUUAAGCUGUUUUGCGCCGCUCGUCAGAACGCUGUUCUUCGCCGCUCGCCCCUUUAACCCGCGUAAAAAUCUUUCUCUCGCUC